GCGGAGCAGGAGGCGGAGCAGAGGGAGAGGAGGCGGAGCAGGAGGCGGAGCAGAGGGAGAGGCGGAGCAUGGCGUCCUGGUUCGGCUGGGGCGAGCCGUUCCAGCGCAGCCCCCAGCGCAGCGCGGCGGAGGUGGUGACGGACACGCUGAUGGUGGAGCUGGGCUGGCAGCUGAAGGAGGCGGAGCGGAGCCAGAGGGAGCGGGACAGCGAGUUCCGCCGCCUGCAGACCGGCGUGGACUACAGCUGGCUGGCCAGCCUGCCCCGCUGCACCUACGAGCUCAGCGUGGGGGACAGGCUCGCCCUGGAGGAGCUCUGCGCCAAGAUACACCCGUCAUACUGCGGCACCGCCAUCCUCAGGUUCCGGCAGGUGGUGCUGGAGAACGAGCCGGAGGUGGCGGAGGUGGCGGGGCUGUUCCGCUCGGUGCUGGGGGAGGUGCUGGAGCGGAUGAAGGAGGAGGAGGAGGCCAAGCGGCUGUCCCGCCAGUGGAGCAGCCGGCGCUCUGUGAGCACCUCCCUCAUGACCUUCCGGUCCCGCGUGCGCAUCAACCCCUUCGCGACGGACGGGGAGGUGAAGACCGUGUCCGAGGACGUGGAGCGGGGCCUGAGCAGGGCCGAGAGGGCCAAGCGAGUGUGGAGCAUGCCCGAAUUCCGCACCAGCAAGGCUCUCUGAGCGCCAGAAUUCUGAGGGAUGGAGGCAAUGUUCCGGAAUGUCAGGGAUGGAGGGAAUGUUCCGGAAUGUCAGGGAUGGAGGGAAUGUUCCGGAAUGUCAGGGAUGGAGGGAAUGUUCUGAAGCAUUGAGGGUAGAGGGGAACAUCAGUUCAAGAGGCUGCAGAGAGAGAGAGAGAGAGAGAGAGAGAGACAUGGGCGGGGGGGCUCCUCUUACAGUUUCUCUGAGGGUCUCUCUCUCUCUCUGUUUAAUGUACAGGUCUGUAUAAGCCUUUAACUUUGUACUUUAUACUUUUUUGAUGAACUACAAACUAUGCUGGGUAUUUAACUGACGUUUUGAGAAUUAUGGGUCAAAAAGUCAGUAACAGUAAACUCCUGCAAUAAGCAAUUAUCUGACGCCUUCAUCUAAAUAUUGAUAUCAAUUUCUAAACCAGACUGACAACCUGGGGAAGUGGCAACUUUUACACAAGUUCAGGACAUUCAUAUGUGCGUAUAUUUUUAAUAUUGCCUCUAUAUUUGUGUUCUUGGUGCAAGCUAGGACUAUUGGAAUGUGAUAUAGGAUGUGACUGAUUUUUAGACACUAUAAAACAAGAAUUAAUAUAUUUCUUUAAUUCCAAAUUUCUGAUGUGCCCCAUCUUAGGACAGAACUAAUUCACCUCAUACUGGGACAGCCUACAGCCUAUUACCUGUUAAUUGCAUUUCAAAAUGGCUUAUUCUGAAAAUUUGCCAACUAUUGAAUUAAAUUAAUUUGUUUUAAUGAUUUGA